AUGGACCCGACUCUCCUCAUAGGAGAUAUUGUAGAGAGAGAUUCGAAGGAGAAAAGGCCCGUUCGUUUUCCCGCAGUGCCGUCAUCGUCUACCGGCUUCCCCUCACACAAGAGGCGCUGGAACAAUUCUGCCUUCAAACAGCAACGAGCUGGGAAUCUCGACCAGAAAGCCCCUGCAUUCGAAGAGAAUGAGAACGUUGACAUACAAGGAACUGGAAAGCAAAAUGAUAAUCCGUCGCAAGGCUUUGACCGGGCGGAGAGACAGCGUAUCGACCGAGAAAACAGACAGAAAUUGGCGGCCAUGACACCGCAAGAAAUCGCACAAGCACAGGAAGAUAUCAUGACGGGGUUGAAUCCUGGGCUUGUUCAGCGCUUACUGCAGCGCGCAACUAUAGAUGAACCAACUGGGCCUUCACCGUUUGAUCUGCCGGAUGACGUGACCAAGACCACAGGGCAAGCCGAGAUCCCCUUGAGCAAUCCUCCUUCGAUCGAGAUAUCGGAUUCCGAAAAGCCGCAGAAUGUGCAGCCUUUGGAAGAGAGACAUCAACCUGCGUCCGGCCCACAUGGCAGAGAACCUGCAGGACUACCGUCGAAAAAGAUUGCAGAUGAUUACGACGAAGAUAAAGCCCCCUCUCAAAUUCCAGCAGAUUUAUUCCCCAUUAAAGAGCUGCCGAAGACAACGCACUUCCCUGUGCCGCCUAGCCUUCCAGAUCUUGAUCCUUCCGACCCCAACUUCCUGGCGACUCUCCAUGAAAAAUACUUCCCGGAACUCCCUGCGGACCCGAGUAAGCUUGCUUGGAUGGCACCCCUACCCAGCGAAGAUAGCACUGCGGACAAGGACUCAACGUAUUAUCCACACCCUGAAAUUUCCGUAUCAGCUCUGCGAUUCGAUUUCCGUGGUCGUUUUCUAUCUCCAAGAGUGAGCCGCUCUAUUGCUUCAACCAAAGGCCUGCACCACCACGGAGAGGCGCCCGAGGCUGCUGGGUAUACCAUUGCCGAGCUAGCACGCUUGGCUAGAAGUGCCGUACCUGCCCAGCGAUGCUUGGCCUAUCAAACCUUGGGAAGGAUUCUAUAUCGCCUGGGCAACGGAGAAUGGGGGAAAACCGACAACGACCCCAUUGCCAUGGGAAUAUGGGCAGCGGCGAAGAAGGGUAGAGUACUGGACAGUUUAAUGGAGGCCGCUGCUGGUGAAGGUGGCCACCGAGGUAGCAGGGCAUAUGCCACUGAAGCCUUGUGGCUGUUUGAGAGAGGAGGCUGGAAAGAGAAGUAUCAGGGGCGUUGA